ACUCGGCGAUCCGAGUUGUCUGCCCACGGCCUCUACUUUUUCGAUUAAAAAUUUAUUAUUCAUUUUUUUUUUUAAAUUUAAUUUUGUCUAUUUCUCCGUCUUCUCCGUCUCUCUUCCUCUCUCAGCUCCUGAAACUUAGGGUUUCUUUCAACUUCUUCAGGUGCAGAUCGAUCGUAGCAGAGUCGGGUUGAUGGAGAGAUUCAAUUAACGAAAAUUUAAACAAUGUAUUCAACUCCUAAACCUCCUAAACUCUCCGACUCUAAUCGCCGAAUCUUCGACAGCAAUGCCUCUAGUCUUCGCCUUUAUCAAGUCUGGAAAGGAAGCAAUAAAUUUUGCUUUGGCGGGAGACUGAUAUUUGGGCCUGAUGUGCGGUCAAUUUUCCUUACACUGAUCCUAAUUCUGACUCCAGUUAUCCUGUUUUGUGGUUUUGUAUCUCAAAGCCUUAUAAAGCAGUUCAAUCACGAUCUUGGGAAUCUUAUUGUUGCUAUCUGCGCUCUCUUCACUCUAUAUGUUGUUUUUCUUCUCUUCCUUACUUCUGGAAGAGACCCUGGCAUUAUUCCUCGUAAUUCUCAUCCUCCAGAAAUAGAUGAAGAUGGGUCAACUAUCUCUACAGAUUGGCUAGGAAGUCAAAAUGGGGGUCACACGAUACCACCCACAAGAGACGUUAUUGUUAAUGGUAUGAUAGUCAAGGUGAAAUAUUGCCAAACAUGUAUGCUGUAUCGUCCACCACGAUGCUCUCAUUGUUCUAUAUGUAACAAUUGUGUUGAGCGUUUUGAUCAUCAUUGCCCAUGGGUGGGGCAAUGUAUUGGGAAGAGGAAUUACAGAUUCUUUUUCAUGUUUGUGUCCUCCACAACCAUGCUAUGCAUAUAUGUUUUUUGCUUCUGCUGGGUAAACAUCUGUAACAUAAUGCAUAAGCAGCGUACUAGUCUUUGGAAGGCUUUGAUGAAGUCCCCUGUUUCAGGAAUUCUGAUUUUAUAUACGUUCGUAACUGUUUGGUUUGUUGGAGGUCUGACAGCAUUUCAUCUCUAUUUAAUUAUAACCAAUCAGACUACGUAUGAGAAUUUCCGGUAUCGGUAUCACAGAAAGAUGAAUCCUUAUAACCGUGGUUCUCUUCGAAAUAUUGUGGAGAUUUUCUUUUCAAAAAUUCCAAGUUCUAAGAACAACUUUAGGGCCAAGGUUAAGGUAGAUUCAUCUGCCAUCUUUGCCAUGUCAUUGGGCCCUUCCAGGAGCCCAGAAGUGCCAAAAAGAACCUCCAAUGUAGAUAUGGGAAAGCGGCAAGCUGUUGCUGCUGAGGACUUCGAAGACAUACAGAGUCAGCUUGAUAGUGUCGGUGGGUUGCAGAGGUGUAGGACCCAGCCAAGGCAUGCAAGCUGGGAUCUCAGGAAUGACUGGGAGAAUACAUCUGACAUGCAGAUGUUGGCUGCAGAGUUUGGAAUGGAACAUGGCAUAUCAGAAAGAGAGAAAGUUCGUGGCCGUCAGUAAAGUCAGACUUAUAGCCCAAAUUGUAGCAGCAAUCGGGUGAUAUUCUGAAAUUAGAGCUGUGGAGAGA